CAACUCCGAGGACGACGCCGAGGAGCACCUCCGGAGGCUGCGCGCCACGCUGGAGCGCGCCAACAUGGACGGCGGUGACGCGGCGGCCAACCACACCGGCAGCGCGCACUACAAGUGCCAGCUGUGCGACUUCGCGGCCACCGCCGCCGACGACCUUCGCGCCCACCUGCAGGACGCGCACGACCUCCAGGCGUCGCAGAUGGCGCAGAUGUCCCCCGACCCCACGGCCUGCGACGACCAGUACGGCGACCACGACGACGACGGCGUGUCCACGCCACGCGUCAACUCGCAGGGCAAGGUCAAGACCUUCCGCUGCAAGCAGUGCGAGUUCGUCGCCGUCACCAAGCUGGACUUCUGGGAGCACACCAAGCUACACAUCAAGCAGGAGAAGCUGCUGUGCUGCCCCAAGUGCCCGUUCGUCACGGAGUACAAGCACCACCUCGAGUACCACCUGCGCAACCACUUCAACUCCAAGCCCUUCAAGUGCGACAAGUGCCCGUACUCGUGCGUCAACAAGUCCAUGCUCAACUCGCAUCUCAAGUCGCACUCCAACGUGUACCAGUACCGCUGCGCCGACUGCACCUACGCCACCAAGUACUGCCACUCCCUCAAGCUGCACCUGCGCAAGUACGGCCACCAGCCCAGCAUGGUGCUCAACCCGGACGGCACCCCGAACCCGCUGCCCAUCAUCGACGUGUACGGCACCCGGCGCGGCCCCAAGACCAAGACGUCCAAGGCCGCGCAGGCCGCGCAGGCCGCGCUGCAGCAGCAGCAGUUCCAGCAGCAGCAACAACAACAGCAACAACAGCAGCAGCUGCAGAUAGCGCCGCAGCAGUUCGGCCUGUUCCAGAACCCCUACGGCCUGCCGCCCCUGUUCACGUACGGCGCCGCCCCCGCCGCCCCCGCGACCCAGGACCUGCCGGCCGCCACCGCCCCCAGGCAAGGCAGCCCGCUGCUGCACCGCUGCAACUACUGCGACUUCUCCACCCCCGAGGCCGAGGUGCUGGCCCAGCACGUGUUCGUGCACGCGGAGAGCAACUGGAUGCAGUACUUCUCGGCCAACAACAACAACUACUACCAGGACGAGAAGGAGGUGAAGCCCGCCAUGGCGCUGCCGUCGCGGCAGGCGUCUCCUCCGGCCGCUCCCGCGCCCGCCCUGUCGCCGUCCAGGACGCCCCUCCACCCCGGCCUGAACCACGGCACGAACCACGGCCCGAACCACGGCGCCGAGGAGGUCCGCGAGACCAAGAGCAGGCGCAAGGGCCGCGCCUUCAAGCUGGAGAGGAUCGCCCUGCGGCUUCAGCACCAGUCCUCCGGCGACGAGGCCGAGCCAGAGGUGCCCGUCAAGCUGCCCCGGCUCGGCGCGGACGUGGCCGCCAACGCGCCCACCCCCGUGCGCGUGCCCGCCUCCAGCCCCGAGCCCAAGGCCCUGUCCCUGAGGUCACCGCCGGCGUCCCCGCCGACCAGCCCGGCCAGCGCGGCCGGCAAGGAGGAGUACAACUGCACCUACUGCGACAUCGCCUUCGGGGACAUCGUCAUGUACACCAUGCACAUGGGGUACCACGGCUACCAGGACCCGUUCCAGUGCAACAUGUGCGGCCAGCAGACCACGGACAAGGUGGCCUUCUUCCUGCACAUCGCCCGCUCCAGCCACAGCUAGAGCCGCGCCGCGCCCUGGCAGCCCUGGCCUGUCAUCAUCCGACAGAAGACCGUGGUCGCGGUGACUCUGUGUUCAUAGCCGACUUUAGUUUUGCCCGGGAAUAGGAAAGGGAAAGAGAGGGAGGGGGAGGGGGGGGGGAGAGUCGCCAUGUGCCUAGCUUUUCUGUCUGAUGAUGAACCAAAAUUUUAAGAGUAUUUCAUUUGUACAAGAAAUUUUUUAUAGACGGCAUUGUGUGUGAUCCAAUACCUGUCAAUAUCUAUUAACUUUAUUUUGAUGAAUCUGAAGGUGCGAUCGGGGGGAAAAUGAGCGGUCCAUCCAACUCUAGUCAAAAGAUAGAGCAUAUUUAUUCGCCGAAGGGCAGAGGCAAUUUGCAAAGCGUUUCGGAGAAAUACGGGUAACAGAGUCUUGAUCAGCACCACUCGCAGGGAAUUCCCUCGCUGGUGCCCGUCGUGUCUCGCGCCACUGUGAAAGGCGCCCAAACAGUAUUAAGGUCCUAGCGUGUAAGAGUCUUGUCUUUUUGUGUCCUAGUUGUACAGUGUUUUCGUAAUUCGGGUUGUCGUUCUCGUCGAAGUCUGUGUAGAGUUGAUCCCUGGCCUGAUAUUGCCUGCGUUUUGUGGAAAUCGGCGCAGUUACGUACGUUAGAUUAUUUUUAAUGUUCUUUUUUUGAUGAAAUAAUAAACUGUGACCAAAGAGAGGAUGUGUGCGAGUUGUGUGACAUGACAGGCCUAACUGGAAGUAUCUAUUUUUGUACUAGGUCAUCAUACUGCUGUACCAUACUUUUCUCAAAUAGAUUUAUAUUUCUAACUGGAAAUAAAACUAUUUAAUUCUCCUA